AUGCUUUUCGACAAGAUCAAAAGUGAAGUGAUCUACUCCACUGUUCCUGGAACCGAUAUGGCAAUGAGAGCUUUCAAGUUCAGCUUGGAAAGUAAAAAAGUUAAAGACCAGAAAGAAAAACUGAAAAAUCUCCAUGCCGAAAUGUGCUCAAUGACAGGAUUGCCAGCCAGUGACUUCGUUUUAACCAGGGAUAGUGGACGUCGAUUGCCUCAUCAUUACAUCUCUGACGUAACAGUUUCUGAUGAUGAGUCUCCGGAGCUCAUCAGUCUGUACUUUCCGAUGGAGAACGUCUGUGGCUCAACAUCUGUACUUCGAAAGCUUUGGGUCGUAUCGUAUUACUACAUGUAUUACAGCGACAGACUUGGAGACUCAUUCGACUUUGCUGAAAACUCACUGGAACAUAAAACACGCAAAGAAAUGUUCAACAAACUUAAAAAUUUGCAUCGAGAAGUAUUGCUUCAGUGGAAAAGGACAAUGAGAAACGUUUGCUACAAAUGCAAAUGCCAAAAACCGGAUGGAUAUCAUGAAAAUCUCUCUUAUUUCAAUACUCAGAUGAGUCACCCGGACAUUGUUUUUGAUCAAUGGAUACUAUUCGACAAAUGCAUUCUGAAAUCUGAAGAAAAAGAGAAAGUCAUGUUGAAGUUGGCUUCUGAGCAAGAAGAAGUGGUGAAAGAAAAAGUGCUUGAAUGGUUCAAAAUUGUGAAGGAGUAUACCAGAAAUCGAACUCGCAACUUCGAGCAAUUAUCGAGCAUCUUGAUCUCAGCGACAUACGAACAGGAAUAG